AUGGAUUUCCACGAAAACACAUCACCUGAUAUUAAACUCUUCCUUCAUCGAAUUGUCAUAGCCUAUGAAGCGGAAGCGGCGACUUAUUUCAAUCAAUGCAAGACGACAAAAAAAUUUGGGAAAUUCAACUUCAAAAAUUUCGCAAGAAAGGUUUUCGAUCCGUGCCCCACCGAAAUCCUCGGAAAUUUGUACGUUCAACUAUUCGAAACAUCUUCAGAAUAUAUGCAUAUGCAUAGAAAAAGUCAAGCGGGAAUUCGAAAUGUGCCCCAAUCGAUUUUGUUUAUUCCAGAGCUAUUGAUGAAUAUUAUUCUGGCAUAUCAGCUUCCAUAUCAACAAAAAGAGGCAGUUCCGCAAUCGGUCGAAAAGUCUGAAGAUGGUUCUUCUACAGCAGAGGAGAAAACGAGCCGGAAAAAGAAGAAAAGCGGGAGCAAAAAUGUGAUAUAG